GUUUUAACGAACGUGGGAGAUUUGAGCUGGUCUCUACUGUUCUUCGUCCGCGUUGUUGCCGUCCUAUUCGUACCACCUAUCUCAUCCGAUUUGUCAGACUGUUGAUCAUUAGACUUUGCUGUGUGAAGGGUGUAUUCUGUCGUCAUGUGGAACUACAUCAGCAGCUUAUCAGUGGUAUAAUGUACAUUGUACCACUAAUUACUUUGUGGUACGUACCACAAGCCUUCCAUCCUCAUCGAGUGGAGUAUCACUGAUCUUACACCUCGGCGUCUUUGAGGUAGAUGUCAAUCCUCUCGAAAACUAGGUUUCAUAUUUGUUCCACGACCUUUUAAGUAACACAAGAAAUACAUAGAUCGAAGUCGUCGAUUAAUUUUCUUUUGAAAAUGGCCAAGAAGAAAUCAUCACUUGUUAUAACUGACCCAUCUGCAAAUCAAGGUUAUAUUGACGGAAAGUUUGAUAAAGAACCUUCAGACUUUUGUAAUAUUUGUCUUCUCAUAUUUCUCUACAUUUUGCAAGGCAUUCCUCUUGGACUGUCGUCUGCAGUCCCUUACUUAUUACAAUCAGAUCCAAAAUCGGCUAAUUACCAAUCACAAGCAGCUUUCUCGUUUGCAUUUUGGCCAUUUUCACUUAAAUUAGCUUGGGCUCCAAUAGUAGACUCGUUGUACAGUUCACGUAUAGGUAGACGAAAGACUUGGCUUAUUCCCGUUCAAUAUGCUCUUGGAAUUAACCUACUUAUUAUCGCGCUCUAUGUUAACCAGUGGUUGGGGCGUACACCUGAUAACCCAUGGGGCCCAUUAGGUGUGGUGCAUCCAGUGGAUAUUUCACGCUUGACUGUAGCUUUCUUUGGACUUACUUUUCUUGCAGCUACACAAGAUAUUGUAGUAGAUGGAUGGGCACUUACAAUGUUGUCUAGGAAAAACUUAGGAUGGGCUUCCACAUGUAAUACAGUUGGUCAAACAUUGGGUCAUUUAAUUGCGUUUGUCGUCCUCAUGUGUUUAGAAUCACCAGAUAUUUCUAAUAAGUAUAUACGAUUGACUCCUGUUGAAGGUGAAGGGCUGAUUACUUUUUCAGGUUUUCUUUAUUUUUGGGGUAUUGUAUUCCUGGUGGCAACCACACUUGUUGGAGUUUUUAAGAAGGAAGUACCUCAUAAUCUGUCCGUUACAUCAUCUGCUCAUUCUAAUCAACUUGAUAAUCAUUCAAAUGGUUCGGUAGCCUGUUUAAAUCAAACAGGAAAUAUCGAAGGACAGUUAUCGUCUAGAAAUCGUAUCGCACAAACAAAUACAAUUGAUAAACAAAUUAGUUGUGAAUCCACUCGAAGUCGUUCACGUACUCCCAGUGGUUGGAGUCGUAUUAUUGAAAUUCCUCCCGAUGAAGAACUGAAUGUAACUAAGUCAAACAAAGAAUUGUCAUUAUUUGAUACCUAUCGUUUUAUGUUAGGUAUUUGUAAAUUGAAGCCUAUUUUACAAUACAUAUUGUUAUUAUUCAUUGCCAAGGUUUGCUUCUGUCCUGCAGAUGCGAUAUCUGGACUAAAGCUAAUCGAACAAGGUCUACCAAGAGAGAAACUUGUUUUCAUUGGGGUCCUACUUUUACCGCUUGAAGUGAUUCUACCACUGCUUAUUACUCAAGUGACAAAUGGACCGAAAUUAUUAAAAUAUUAUACAUGGGCUUUUUUACCUCGUUUACUUCUAGCAACAUUAUCUGUUCCAUUGAUUUAUUUUGCACCGUACUUUAAAAUUUCAAAUCAAAUCCAUUCAAUCAUUCGUAAUAAUCAUACAUUAGAAGAGUCAGCUCCCAUCCUUGAAUCAACUACAACUCAUACAUCAUUCUCAUGGCUUUUCUAUGGUAUCAUGAUUUGUCAUUUGGCUAUUUAUUCAGUAUUCUCUACUGUGAUGUUUAUUACUCAAGUAUCAUUUCAUGCAAAAAUAAGUGAUCCAGCUGUAGGUGGAACUUAUAUGACGUUGUUAAAUACUGCGGCUAACUUAGCUACAAGUUUGCCGAAUACUCUCUUUUUAUCACUCGUCGAACCACUUACUCUACGAAAAUGCUCUGGAGCUGAUUUACUAAAAGCUGGGUUAUUAUCUUUACGAACUAAUUCUAUUCAAUCUGUUAAUACGAUGAAUAUAACUCAUCCUAUACAAUAUUCAAAAGAUGAGAUUUAUAGAAAUGGACAGUUAUGGUUGGCUAAUAAUGCUACCUGUGAGAAUUCUAAAACUAUUCAGGCUUGUCUUGAUAUCGGUGGAACAUGUUCAAAAUUACUGGACGGUUUUUACGUUGAAGUUGGAUUAUGUUUGCUUUUCGGAUUGGUUACAUUCCCAACAAUAGUACUUCCUUAUGCUAAUCAUCUUGACACUCAACCUAAUGAAGCGUUUACUUUUCGUCCUUCGUCAUCACUAGCCAGACACCAAAGUAGAAGUGAUAAUAAUGAGACAAAAAAAACUAGAAAGGAUUGAAAAAAAGUUUCGGAACUAAAGUAUAAUCUUGACGAAUAUUUGUAUAAAGUAUAAUUUGUUUACCGUUUUGUUCCAUGUUGCACUGUCUCCUUGUUUGUUAUUUUGCCCAUUCUUGUUAUAUACAUUUAUGUGGAUGUUAUUUUACUUUUCACUUUCUAUGUGAAUGUUUUUCCACGAAAUAUUCAUCGCUGUGAAUUCGCUUCUCUCUGAGAUGUAGAUUUAUAACUCAUAUACACACGCACACAUACUUAAAUGUAUGUCCUAUCCUGCCCUUUCUACAUAAUGACACUGACGACGAUACUGGUAGUGUGAUAUUUAAUUAGGCAUAAAAUGUUGAAGUUCAUUAUUACAUCUUAAUUAUUUUGUGUUAUGUGUAUACAGAAAUGUAAUUUUAAAUUUCACGUUGUAGAUGGUUAUUUAUUUCAUAAUAUUACUUCUAUUAUUUUUGUUAUUUACAUGUGUAAAUUCUUUAUACGUGGGCGUUGAUAACCGAAUGGAAAAAAAUAAAUUAUACAAAAAAUUCGUUCAUUUUC